UUUUUCUGUGCAUUUGUGUGGUGUCUCCGACAGAUUUUCAUUCUAAUUGAAAUCAAUCAAUAAAAAGAGUUUUAUUGAGUCAUGGCUUGCCCAUUUUUUCGUCGGGCCGACUCUUUGCAACGACAAGCAUCUGUCGUUACAGAAACUCCAACUUGGACUCUAGAUGAAGAAGAUAUACCAGAUGAUGCUUUAACGUUAACGCAUCUACAAAUGGCAAUCCAACUACUCACAGCACCUUCGAAUGAAGAUCUCAACUCUGCUGUCAAUGCACUCGUAUCGAAAUAUAAAAAAAAUUGGCCAAAUAUUUCGAAGCUUAAAAUUGAUAUGGAGACCCUAAAGAGCAUACCAAACUAUGAUUAUUUAUCAGACAUACAAGAAAUAUUACUUGAAAUGGAUGAAUCUAGUGCCAGUGAAAUAUUGGUAUUACUCGGUGAAGAAUUAAUCUCAUCGUGCUGUACAGGCAUCAUAGAGCGUGCAUUUCGUUGUCUCGGUACCGAUUUGCAAGAGUUUCUUGGUUCUUUGGAUGGAGUGUAUGAUGUACUUAAGUUGCAAGAGGAAGAUGUGACCGACACUGGAUUUGUUUGUGCUGGCGAUGGUGAACUUAUAUUUACUUCUGAACGACCAGUCAUCGCUUGGUUAUUGUUGGGCUCUCUCAAAGCACUUACAAAAAUGCUCUAUAAUGUACAGGUUAAUAUCAAAAUCGAGCCAGUUGAAAGUGAUGCCCGGCGCUAUCGCUAUCUAUUCUCUACAGGCAGAGAAUCAUUGAAAUCAAACGAAUUAAUAAAAGCGGAACCACGUAAUAACUCGUCAAAUGCCGCAGAUAUGUCAAUGAAUUCAGGAACAUUUUGUAAAGCAUUUCCUUGGCAUUUCAUAAUGAAUGAAAACCUGGAACUGGUGCAACUAGGUACUGGAUUUAGUAAGUUAUACAAACCAUAUAUGGGAGACUAUGGUUGUUUAGCUGCUACUUAUUUUGAUUUUAAACGUCCAAAAGGCUUAACCAUGAAAUUCCGUGAUAUAGUCAGACGUACCUAUACUCCAUUUUUAAUUGCGCUUAAGAACCCUCCAAAUGUUAAGGAAUUUCCAGCAGAAGGUCUUGAAAUUAAAGGUCAAAUGGUACAUUGUCCAGAAUCGAAUUCUCUUCUGUUUAUUGGCUCACCUUUUCUUGAUGGUUUAGAAGGUUUGACUUGCAAUGGUCUCUUCAUAUCUGACAUACCAUUGCACGAUGCAACUCGCGAAGUAAUACUAGUUGGGGAGCAAGCUCGUGCUCAAGAUGGUUUACGUCGUCGUAUGGACAAGUUAAAGAGUUCGAUUGAAGAAGGAAAUGCUGCCGUUACUAAGGAGCGAAAGAAGAAUGUCAGUUUACUGCAUUUGAUUUUUCCAGCUGAAAUCGCCGAACGUUUGUGGCUCGGUGCCAGUAUUGAUGCCAAGACUUAUCCAGAUGUUACAAUAUUAUUUAGUGACAUUGUUGGUUUUACCAGUAUUUGCUCACGUGCUACUCCUUUUAUGGUUAUCAGCAUGUUGGAAUUGCUUUAUAAGGAUUUCGAUGAAUUUUGCGACCUUUUCGAUGUUUAUAAAGUAGAAACCAUUGGUGAUGCUUACUGUGUUGCCAGCGGUUUACAUCGCGCCUCUAUUUAUGAUGCGCAUAAAGUUGCAUGGAUGGCGCUCAAAAUGAUAGAGGCUUGCUCAAAACAUAUUACACAUGAUGGUGAGCAAAUAAAAAUGCGAAUUGGUUUACACACUGGGACUGUUCUAGCUGGUGUUGUUGGUCGUAAGAUGCCACGGUAUUGUUUAUUUGGACACAAUGUAACAAUUGCUAAUAAAUUUGAAUCUGGAAGUGAGGCUUGUAAAAUUAAUGUUAGCCCAACAACUAAAGAAUGGCUUAUUAAACAUCCAGGAUUUUCAUUUGACUUAACACCACGCGAUCCAACGUGUUUGCCGAAAGAGUUUCCAAAUACCGAUAAUGACACAUGUUAUUUUCUGGAUGGAUAUCGACACCCAGACCUUGAUGAAAAUUUACCUCUCGUUUCGCAUAUUAGUGCUGCUAUGAAAACUAUAUCUAACACAAAUUAAUUAGAAAUACUUUCACCUUAUUGGAUCUAUAACCUAUAAUUUAUUCUGAAGAUCAACUAUUAUCUGUUAAAUGUAUCUUAAUAUAUAUAUACGAGUAUUAUAUAAUAGAAUUAUUUAAAUAAGUAGUUCAUUUCACC